AUGCCUCCUCAGCCUCUUCAGGCCCUGUGGAGACGGGUGGCAGCAUCGCAAGCACCAAGAUGGUCAAAGCUGUCAUCCGAUUCUCGCAUCCGCACCAACUGUUUCCACAAGUUCAGUUACCAAGCUCCCAGUCGCCUCAGCUCCUUCAAGCCGGCUCCGCGACUCUUCAGUCAGUUGCAGCAGCCUUUUCCCCCAGUCGAAGUAGCACAAGCAGGCAACCUUAGGCCAAAAAUCCCCUUUCGGAGUCGGUUUUCGUCCUUUGCCUCUGGUGCAUUACUAAUAAUGGUCUUCGGGGCGGGCUCUUUGUAUAUCUACUAUCGCUCUUUCUUCGGCAAGGUUCCAGUCACGAACAGAGAGCGAAUGCUAUGGUUUGACAGGAACCAAGAAGAGGAGCUUGGGUGGGCGGCUGAGCAUUGGCUUUUAGUUCAGCAGAAUUCCAGGCCGCGUUUGGAAGAAGAUAGUGUGGUUGUGAAACUUGCUCGAGAUAUUCUUGCAAAGCUCCAGGAAAGUGAACUGGCAAAGGAUGUCAAGUUGAAGCUCUAUGUUUGCGAUGAUUAUUUUGAGCCGUAUGCAUGCAGUGCUCCGGCGAAGGAAGGGGGCCGCAUCUUCAUGAAUACUGGGGAACUGCAUGUCUGUGAAAGUGUUGAUGAGAUUGCUGGGGUGUUGGCGCAUGAGAUUGGACAUAUUAUUGCUCGUCACAUACCAGAGAGAAGGGCCGCUGAAGCGUUUGCAAGGAGUAUUGCACAAGUAUUUGGCUGGAAUGCCGCCCUGGGAUCAGAUCUGAUAUCCUGGAGAACCCAAGAAAGAGAAGCGGAUCACAUUGGCCUCGUUCUCAUGGCCCAGGCAGGAUUCGAACCCAAUGCACGUGUGGAAUACUUUGAGAAGCACUAUUCCAAGGAGAAAGAAAUACUGAAUGGAAGGGAUCCAAUGCCAGAAACUAUGAGCACCCAUCCUUCACAUGAAAGUCGAGUGAAAUCGUUGAAAUCUCUUUUACCAGAGGCCAAAGCGAUCUUCGAAGAGAAGCCAAAAUCUGCACAGCUCCUCAAAGAAACAUGGGACGCUGCUCGAGUCGUCUUGAUUGAGGGGAACCAAACCGCGCAAGCACAGCUUGAAGCUGCCCAGCAGAUGGCGCCUGAGAUCUUACUUCUCAAGAUUGAAGACAGAUUGGCGAGGCUGGAGAACACUUUUAUGCAACUAUCGGAUGCGAUAUUGACCAUGGAGAAGGGCAAGGAAGAGGCUUUGGGAAGGACUCUGUACGCCGUGGCACAGAAACAAAAAGAGACUGCAAUGCCAUCUGCUGAGGAAGGAGCAGUUGAGGAGAAAGUUGCUGAGCCAGUAACAAUAGAGGAAGCAGCACGUGAAGACCCAACCCAGGCAGGAACUUUAGGACACAAAGAAGCAGCAGACGAAGCAGUGCCCAAAGAAGCAGCCCACCUCACGUCUGAAGUAUUUUCCGGAAUUAAAGAAGCCGCAACACAAACCACGCUCACGUCAAAUGCGUCCCGAACACCUGUCGAGGACAAGGACGGCAUUGGGAGCCAAGGAGAAGACAAAGUUGGGAAGAACUGA